CUUCUUAAACUGCUGUUUGUCUGCUGGAAGCUGAAGCCAUACAGCAAAUCAACAAGCAACUGUCGUCUCUCUAGCACCAUUUCCUGGUUCCACGGGCAUAGGAUAUAGAAAACAGCAGGAAUAGUCAAGCCCGUCCUUUGAGGCGCCCAGAAGCGGCCAGCGAGCCGGACGAACCACUGGUUCGCUUCGGCCAUCUCGGGUGCCCCGGCCCCUUCUCGUCACAGUCUAUGCCCACACCAAUGAACACAACCUAUAACAUGUGCACAAUUCAUCGGGGUAAACUAAAGCGAAUGCUGGACGUCUUCCGCAGAAACAUCAUUUCGGGGUUUAGCGUGGUCAUCCUGCUGUACACGCUGGACCACGUGGCCGACCCCACCAACCCCAAGCCCUCGGCGCACCCGCUCCCGGGCACCGUGCUGGCGGGCGCGGGCGCAGCGCAAGCGGGCCACCGGUUGCAGCAGCACCGGCGGCUCAUGGGCAUGGAGGAGGAGGCGGAGGGCGCAGGUGCGGAGGCGGGGGCGAAGCCGGGCGUGGAGGCGGGCCGGGGUCAGGGCCACGCGCACGCGCGUGCGCACGUGCAUGCGGCGCACGCGCACCUGCACAAGCGCCACUCUGGCGAGCAGCCUCCCCAGCACAUCGCUGACGCCGCGGCCGCCCGCUCUACACAGGACGCCGCUGAGGACAACGGCGCCGGUGCCGCGGCCACUGCUGCGGCCUCGUCCGCCGCUCCGGCGGCGGGCUCCGAGCCCGGGGCGUCCUCUGGCGAGGAGGGCGAGGGCCGCCUGGGUGAGUUCGAGUCCCGUCUGCGCCGCCGUGAGCACGAGGUGGACCCCGUGAUGCGGCAGCACAGCCUGGUGGUGUUCCUGGCGCUGUGCUGCCUGGGCGCCGUGUUCGUGCCCUGGCUGCUGGCGCUGAGGAAGCUGCCCAGCGGGGGCGCAGGUAGCCUGGCGGCGGGCGGGCCAGGCGCGGGCGGGCAACUGCCGUUUGCGGUGGCCACGGGGAGCAAGUCGGUGGGCGGCCGCCGGCAGCGCACGUAUAGCUAGGCGCGGCGGCUGGGAUGUUGUGCAGAAGUUAGACCCUCAGUGCGCUGGACAGCACUGCGAACUGCAGUGACGGAGGCGUGGGUGCAUCGGAUGACCUCGGUAGGAGGGAGGUCUUUAGCCAUUUGCGAGAUGAGUAAGCAGGGUUGGCAUAGGACCAGCAGUAGACUAGCGUCCAUCGGGGGCAUUACGCCAGCAGGAGAUGACUAGAUGAGCAUAAGUCUGUGGCAAUGCACUGUGGAGAAGUAGGCACGGGGUCACUGCCCCAUUUAGCAUGCAGUAGUAACUUACCAGGUGGCAGGAUUGCAGCACGGCUGUAAAAGUGGAUGUCG